UGGUUUGUUUAUCAUCGAUGACCUAACCUCUCCUCAUGCGAGCAUAUCGUGGAACAGCUCAACAUUCUAUGCAGGCAUGACAAUUGUUCGAUGCGACGACGGUUUCAGAAUAAAGGGACAUCACGACAAUGACCUUUUUACGGAAAAUGUCACAUGUGCGGCAGAUGGACGUUGGGGCAAUUUUUCUGGCUGCGAGCUCAAAGACUGUGGCAAACCCAUGGAGCCUGUUCAUGGCUCGGUAAAUAUCAGUAACGGAACAGCUGUGGAGAACACAGCUACAUUCCAUUGUGAUACAGGCUACACGUUAUAUGGUUACCGACAAACAACGUGCCUUAAAGACAACACAUGGGACCGUGUGCCACCAAAGUGCAUAAUUAAUGAUUGUGGAAACCUUUCGCAACCUUUCAAAGGAUAUGUAGACACUUCCAACGGAACAACAUAUCUUUCCGUCGCCACGUACUCGUGUUACGUUGGGUAUACGAUGUCUGGCAACGUCACCCGUAUUUGUUACGCUAAUGAGACAUGGAGUCACAUAACGCCAACAUGCGUUAUUAACGACUGUAGUGAUCCGGACCAUAUCCCACAUGGUAACUACACACUUUUAAAUGGCACAACAACGUACCAGUCGACUGUUCGGUACUCGUGUUAUCCCGGGUAUACACUGCACGGUCACGACAUUAGACAUUGUCUUGCCAACAGCAGUUGGACCCACCUGGAUGUCAACUGUACAAUUAAAGAUUGUUUAAAUAAAGUCUUUCCCGACUUCGCGAAUGUCAGUUUCUGGAACGGAACAGUAUUCGAAUCUGUAGCAACUUUGGAGUGCUAUGAAGGAUAUAGAGUAGUCGGCCGCCAUAAUAACGACAUAUCGGCAAAAAACAUCACAUGUACGGCCUCUGGAAACUGGUCGACAAAUUCUGGCUGUGAGAGGAAAGACUGUGGUGCAGACGAAAUAUACGGUAACGCUUCUGUGCGGUGGAAAAACGAUACCCGAUACGAAUCCUUCGUAACUGUGCAGUGUGAUGAAGGAUAUCGAUUAAACGGUAUCGAUACCAACGUCACCAAUGAAGAGAUACAGUGCCUGGCGGAUGGUCAUUGGUCGACGCCGAUAGGAUGUGUAAAAAAAGCAUGUCCAAUGGAUAUCGAAGUGCACGGCGGUGACGUGACAUAUCAUGGGAAACAGUACCUUGACAGUGCCUCCAUAAGAUGCUCAAAUGGCUUUAGAAUAAACGGAACAAACGGCAACGAUCACCUUAAUGAAACAGUGACAUGUCAGUCCACGGGUACAUGGCAACGUCCAAGUGGUUGUGUACGAAAAGAUUGUAUGGACAGAGAACAACCCACCCAUGCAAAUGUUAACUACACAUAUGGCACUCUGUAUGAAGCCAAAGCAACGAGCACAUGUGAAGAGGGUUACCGCAUCAAAGGAAGAAACACGAAUGACAAUAUAUCGGAGGAAAUACGGUGUCUGGAUACAGGGAGAUGGUCCAAGACAUUUGGAUGUGAAAGAAAAGACUGUGGAUCGGCUGUAACCGUGAGAAACGCCAGUGUUAGCAUCAAUCCCUCAACUAAUACUUUAUUCGAGGCCCGCGCCACUGUGAUAUGCCUUUCGGGAUAUCGACUUUAUGGUAGCAAGGACAAUCAUCAGGUCCAAGAACAAAUCCAAUGUCUGUCAAACGGAUCUUGGCAAUUGUCAUUGGGCUGUGAACGGAAAGAUUGUGGAAACGCCACGAAACCCGUAAAUGCCAAUGUAACGUUGCUGAACGACACAACAUAUCGGUCAACUGCGAAGGUGCAGUGCAUAGACGGGUACCGACUACAAGGGCUACACAACAACAAUGCAACGUUCGAACACAUCCAAUGCACUGAUCGCGGUCUUUGGGACGAGUCACAUGGAUGCGAAAGAAAAGACUGCGGAAAACCUCACGAGAUCCUCAACGGGAAAUUGAAGAGCGGACCUUGGACGUUCGGGAGCACUGUAAACUAUACGUGUAACACCGGUUACCACACUGGUAACGUAACCACUCUGAAGUGUAACAGCAGCGGCAGGUGGGAUACUGAUCCACCAACGUGCACAGAUAUCGAUGAAUGCAGUAAACGCGAUCAGAACGACUGUGACUACUACUCUAAUUGCACGAAUACCCCGGGAAGCUACACGUGCAAGUGUAUCGAGGGUUAUGAUGACCAAGACGGUAACCUAGGACGAAGGUGUAAAGAUCACAACGAAUGCGAGGAUCCUCCAAACACGCAGUGCAGUUUCUGGCUCAACAGGACGCGCGCAUGCGUGAACCUGCAGGGGGGCUAUAUCUGUAUAUGCAACAAUGGAUGGACCGGCAAGAAAUGUGAAAAUGAUAUUGAUGAAUGUCUACAGCCCCAUCCAUGUGGCAACAAUGCUCUUUGUGCUAACCUUGCGGGCAAGUAUAGCUGUACAUGUCCCCCUGCAUUCCCCCAGGGCAACGCUUUUCUCGGAUGUUUCGAGCCUGUCAUAAUUUCAUUCGAAACGAAUGGAACACGUUUCACAGGUGACAACGAAAUACUAGAUACGUUUCAAAUACCAAACAGGUUCCCGUACUUUGGAACUUACUACACGCUAUUCAGGCCAAGCCUGGACGGAUUCAUAUCCCUAGAUUUCCAACCGCUCUACAAUCAAUAUGGCGGCGAAACUCCCAGCGAGUGGACGGCCGCUAUCCAGAAGCACAUCGUCAUUGCCCCGUUAUGGACAAACAUUGACAGCAGGAACAUAUCAGACGGGGGUCUGUGGAUCCACGUGUUUACUGAGAAAGACAACGUUGCACAGAUACAGGGCCUCGUACGCUUGUACACUAACCAGACUGAGUUCAACGUCAGUGUCGCAUUGGUCGCAACGUGGAAGCACGUGACCAUCCACUCGCCUUACGAACCCGGAUACGAACUUGUCACGCAUCAGAACCUUUCAAUGCAGGUUAUCAUAGUCACAGAUGGUAUGUACACGUACAUUAUGUUCAACUACGACAGAGAACAGUUCAGUAUCCGACCAUUACCGGAAGUGCCGGUUGCUAGUGGUUUUACGCAUCUGGACUAUUCCGGAACUGUUCUGUCUACCAGAAACAACUUCACUAAUCUUAAUAAGGAAUCCAAUCUUUAUCCAGCGUUUCCCGGCAGAUGGCUGUACAAUGUAACAUUUAUCACGAUAUCCAUGUGGAACGAGACCAGAUGCCUGCAGUUCGUGAAGGAAAAUAACAACACAUUGAAGAGCUGGAUUACAGAACAACUCGUCUAUGCAUUGCCAUGCCCCUGUCAGGAGGUGCUAAUGUUAGAGGAUUACACGUUUACUCGAAAAGAUGAGAUAUUACCCGGUAUUGGAACCAAGUUUACACACACCACGUGCUACGAGUCUUGGUUCUUCAGCGCCUAUGGUAUCAAACAGAGAUGCUGCUACAUGUUCAGUAAGCUUCAAUCCCAGUAUCCGGGAGCUGUAGCGGCGGAAUUCGAGAACGAAACCAUCGCCAGCAAGCUACAGGAAGGUUAUUACCAGUGCUGCUCUCCUGACGGCAGCCAGAAAUACUGCCCCCUGUAUCAGGCAAUCAAUCCUCCUGAUGACUGCUCCAGGUACACGAUCAGCGAUGAGGUGCAGCUUGAUGACAGGAAAGACAGUCCACAGAUUGAAGACGUAUCGUUGGAUUUUGAUACAUACACGACCAAUCCUCGAAAUAGGGUUAAGAGAAAUGUGCAAAGUGAUAAUAAGCAGGGACAAUCUGAAUCGAAUGGUGACAGUUUUAAUGACGAGACAAUAUUACAAAUUGUCUACAGAAAUCUGAAGAAGAUGUUCAAGUUCGGAUAAGGUCACUAUAAGAAUCGUUGCUUGCAAUGACAACCAAAACAUGACUGUCUUCUUUGAGAGGCUUUCCUUCAAUUUUUAACCGAUAACAUGAUUCUCGUGUUGCAAAGUAGUUUUUGUGUGAUUUUGUGUUUUUGAUGUGACAGGUAUGUAGUUUGGAGCUUAUAAUUAACACAGUAAGAACGCGCAUUAAAUAUUGAAUAUAA